AUGCUGGGCAGGAGAGCCAAGAAAAGCCCUCAGGCGAAGGGCCAGGGAGCUGCAGUUGCAAAGCAGCUGGGGCUGUUUGUAGAUUUCAAUCCUGAAGAGAUGCUGCUGAGUGCAGAGGAAGGUGGGGAUGAUGGGGACCUAGAAGCAGAGCUUGCUGCUAUCACAGGAGCAAAAGUGAAAGAAGGGAAGUCAAAACCAAAAGGGAAAACUCCUCUGCCUAUGGAUCAUAUUGAAAAGAUGGCUGCAGAGUGUAUGAAGGACCUGAAUGAAGAUGAGGAGGAAGAAGCAGAUGAUGAAGAUUUGGAGAAAGAUACAGACCUGUUGGCAGAAUUGCAAGAAGUUCUGGGAGUGGAAGGUGAAACGGGAAGCUGUGAGGAUGAAAUGAUAGCAGUGGAGCCAUCUGCAGCUGAACCAGAAAAUGAGCAACCUGAACUGCAACCACAGACCACCUCACUUCCUGCUGUUACCAGUGAGCUGCAACAGACAAUAGAGAAGAGAAUUGCUAACUAUAGGACAGCAAUUUCUAACGCAAAGGAGUCGGGUGAGAGUGCCAAAAUACGCCGAUAUGAAAGAGGCCUUAAGAUGCUGGAAACCAUGCUGGCUGCAGUGAAGAAGGGCAAAAAAAUCAAUGAGGAAGAAAUACCACCUCCUGUUGCAACAGGAAAGAGUUCUUCUCACUUGUCUCAGCCCAUGGGAGUGGAGCUAGAGAGUUCGGGAGAUUCAGGCAGUGCCCUACCAGAGAAUAAAGCUGAGUCUGCUGCAGAUGAUGAGCAGAAGACCUCUCAUGAGGCAGUGCAGCAUCUGGAAUCAGAGUCUCUACAGAGUCAUGCUGCUUCUAGUCCUACCAUGGAAACAGGUCUGCAGAACAACAGCACACGAGCAAUACUACUUAUGAGGCAGAAGGAGUACAAAUUAGCAGCUUUAAAAGCCAAGCAGCAGGGGGACCUGGAGAAGGCAAAGGAAUACAUGAAGACAGGCAAGAAAUUUAAUGUGGUCUUGGAAGCUUUGGACAGUGGGCAGCCGAUAGACCUCCAGAAUAUGCCUCCGUCUCCUCAGGAUCUUGAAAGCCUAGGAAACCUACAAGAUGCAUCCAAGCAAAAGGUACCAGCUCCAGUGGGAAGUUCCCAGGAUCUUACAACACCUGAACCUCACACCCAAAAAGCUUCGGCUUCCCUGCAGCAGCCAAAAACAGUGCUGGACGCGUUGCAGCAAAGACUUGAGAAGUACAAGUCGGCAGCAGCACAGGCUAAAGCAAGUGGGGAUGAUCGGAAAGGCAGGAUGCACGAGAGGAUAGCCAAGCAAUACCAGGAUGCCAUAAGAGCCCAUAAAGCAGGGAGAAAAGUGAAUUUUUCUGAGCUACCUGUUCCUCCUGGAUUUCCCCCUCUUCCUGGUGUUGCAGCAGCGGAUGGUGACAGCACGAUAGCUGCUGUUCUGGAGAGUGCCAGCAAGCUGGCAGACAUGGAGGAGAACGAAGAAGAGGAGGAGAAUGAACCUCUGACCCAGGCCCCAGUUGCCAAGAAGCCUGCUCAGCUGCCUGGCAAGCCGACCCAAGCUGUUAAGCCAAUUACAGUCCCAUCUGCUGUAGCUGAGGAGGAGAGCUCUCCUGAGCAUGUGCAACGAGCUCCAUCGCCUGCCACCCCGGACAAGGCAGGGUCAAUGGAUCAUCUCCCUCCAGCUGCAAGGGAACAGCUGGAAUUUCUGGAGAACAGAAAGAAGCAAUACAUGAAGGCAGCCGUCAAAGCAAAGAAGGAAAAUAACCUUGAACAGGCUAAGAUGUAUCUCAGAACAGCCAAGAGCUUUGACCUAAAGAUUGAGCAAGCAAAACGUGGCAAACCUGUUGACAUUUCCAAGCUGCCAUCACCCCCUACAGAUGAUGAGGGUGAUUUUAUCUUCAUACACCAUGAAGAUGUCAGGCUGUCUCAGAAAGCAGAUGAAGUAUAUGCACAGCUCUUAAAAUUGCUGAAGGACCAACAUGAGAGAUGUAUGCAGUAUUCCAAGCAAUUCAUGCAUCUGGGAAAUGUAGCAGAAACGACUCGGUUUGAGAAACUGGCACAAGGUUGCAAAAAGGAUAUGGACAUCCUACAGCUUGCACGAGCGCAAGGAAUGGAUCCUCCAAGCCAUCACUUUGAGGAAAGAACCUUUAAAAUGAUAAGGAUAUUUUCUGAGCUCAACAGCACAGAAAUGCACCUUCUUAUUGUCAGGGGGAUAAACCUACCAGCUCCGCCAGGUGUGUCACCGAGAGAUUUGGAUGCGUUUGUGAAGUUUGAAUUUCAGUACCCGAGUGCGGAGCAACCUCAAAAGAGUAAAACACCUGUAAUUAACAAUAACAAUUCUCCAGAAUAUAACCAGUUGUUUAAGCUGAACAUCAACCGAAAUCACAGAGGUUUCCGACGAGCAAUUCGAUCCAAAGGAAUUAAAUUUGAAGUGUUUCAUAAAGGGUCCUUUUUCAGGAGUGACAAGCAGGUGGGGACAGCACACUUGAAACUGGAAAAGCUGGAAUCGGAAUGUGAAGUUAGAGAGAUCAUUGAGAUUUUUGAUGGCAGAAAGCCCACUGGAGGGAAACUAGAGGUAAAAGUGAGGCUCAGGGAGCCCCUCAGCGGUCAAGAUCUUCAGACAAUUACAGAAAAUUGGCUGGUCCUUGAACAUUAGUUCUAUCCGAG